CUUUCUCUCUCUCUCUCUUUCUUUCUCUUUCCAUCUUUCUUUUUCUCUUUCACUGUUAAAUAAAAUGAGACUGGUAAUUCGCAACGAUUAUGAUGAAGUAUCAGCUUGGAUUGCCCACUACAUAAAGGAGCGUAUCAAACAGUUUGAACCUACUGAAGAACGUCCUUUUGUUUUGGGUCUUCCUUCUGGUUCCUCUCCUAUCAGCUUCUUCGAAAAACUAGCCGAGUUUUGCAAGACCGGCGAAGUAAGCUUCAAGCACGUAGUGACAUUUAACAUGGAUGAAUAUGUUGGCAUUCCUCGCGACCAUGAAGAAUCAUACUUUACCUAUAUGAAUACACAUUUGUUCAAGCAUUUGGAUAUCAAGAAAGAAAAUAUCAACUUAUUGAAUGGUAAUGCUCCCGAUUUAGAGGCAGAAUGUCGACGUUAUGAAGCAAAGAUUGCAAGCUUAGGAGGUAUUGAGUUAUUUGUGUGUGGUAUCGGACCCGAUGGUCAUUUUGCGUUCAACGAACCGGGUUCUUCUUUGACAUCCCGUACACGUGUAAAGACCUUGGCGUAUGAAACCAUUAUUGCAAAUUCGCGAUUUUUUGGAGGGGAUAUUACAAAAGUACCCAAAGUUGCACUGACCGUUGGUGUCGCUACUGUCAUGGAUGCUCGUGAAGUAUGUGUUAUCAUUACUGGUGCUCAUAAGAGCGUAGCUUUAGCAAAGUGUGUAGAAGAAGGUGUCAAUCAUAUGUGGACUGUAUCAGCUAUCCAAAUGCAUCCUAAAGGUUUGAUCGUUUGUGAUGAAGAUGCUACUAUGGAAUUGCAUGUCAAGACUGUCAAGUACUUCAAGUCUAUUGAACAUGUCCAUCAAUUGUUGAUUGGAAAAGAAAAUUUAGGCCUUCAAGGUGAGCUUUUGUCACCUGAAGCGUCUACUGCCAAGACGACUCAUACCAGAGGACACGAAUUGCUUGUGUGGCAGUUACUGGACGCUAAUCAAGCUGCGAGAGAAGAAUAUCUUUCAGAAGAGGAACUUGAUCGAGACGAUAGACCAAGACCUAGAAAGAGAAGAAGAAGCUAAAAGCAUUCGAUAUGUCAAUAAAAAAAAUUGUUUAUUUACUAUAAA